GCCCUAAAAUUAAUUGACCUAAAAUUAAUCGGCUUAAAAUAAAAAAAAAAAUUGAUCUAAAAUAUUUGCGUUUUCAGAAAAUUGGAUAACUCGAUCGACAUAUCGCCGACGAUCAUUAACAUUGGUGUGGCAAAGAAAAACUUGCGCUAUUAAUGUAAUAUAAUGAAUUGAUACUGGCAACGCGUUUAAAAUAGAAAAAUGAAAUUUUUCACAUAAUUGCGACGGCCAAAGUCUCCCCUCGUGCACCCCCUUACGAUAAUCCGUCGCUCGCGCGGCGCCUGCGUCAAGUUAUCAGCAGUUGUCUCGCGAAGACGGCUGACUGGUGUCAUUGGCGCGUUGUCCGAUCGUCGUCAGGAAAAUGAUGACCUCGUCGGAAACGUCGGAGGUGGAGAAUCCAGGUGGUGAGAAAGUCACCGAGGACUCGGCGAUCCUGGAGGUGAGCUCCAUGGCGGUGGGCGGGAUCAUGAAGCAGGAGAGCCGCGACGUCGACUACCUGUCCAACUGUAGCACCUCCAUCGAGGGAUCCGUGGUUGCAUCCCCUUCCAUCGAUAGUUUCUCCACUCUGCCAGAUCAAGAGAUAUCAGACUUUCAGACAGACUCGAGAGAUCUACAAGUGAAAGUGGACAAUCCACAGAAACACCUGGAAACUCUAGAGACAUAUAUCACAUUCCGUAUAACAACUAGAACUACACGUCCAGAGUUCGAGGAAGGAGAGUACAUAGUUCGCAGGCGGUACAAUGACUUCAUUUGGCUGCGACAAAAAUUAGUGGAUACUUAUCCGACACAUAUCAUACCACCAAUGCCAGGUAAGCAUACGCUACUUGCCCAACUGGAUCGUUACUCCAAGGAAUUUAUCAUAGCACGUAUGAAACUUCUACAUAUAUUCCUGAAUAGAGUGGUGAAUCAUCCUAUUCUCAGUUGUGACAAGAAUCUCCAUAUUUUUCUCACAACAAAAUCUUCAGAAUUUCUUAUUCAUCGCAAAAAUCGUGGAAAUGUGCUUGGAAAAGUGACAGACUCCUUGCAAAACAUAACGACUACUUAUUCAAUGAAACAGCGUCACUUGGAGUUUGAACAAAUUCGGGAUUAUUGCACAGCGCUGGGUGAAAAGUUGUCGGCUAUAGAUAAGAUCAAUCAUCGCAUACAUAAAGAGAGGCAAGAUUAUUUAUUGGAGCUUCAUCAAUUGCAUCCUAUAUUCACUCUAUGGGCAACUUCGGAACCGGAACUUGCGCCCAUUUUACUGGCGAUCGCUAAAGCGGUAGAAGCGAACGCAGUAGCUCAUCAAAAACUUCUGGAGAAUGUUCCCAAUGAUGAACGCGAGUACGUUUCUUACAUUGAAGCGGUAAAGAACGCAUUAUCCCGGCGUGACUCGAUGCAGAUUGAAUACGAGUUAACAGUCGAUGUGUUAGCGAAGAAAAGAAUAGAAAAGGAUCAGUUGGUAGGAAAUCCCAGUUACACGAUUCCUGCGCAAGGUUGGGGCGGAUCUCUCUGGAAAGCGGAAUCUCGCGAUGAAAAAUUGGAAAGACUUGGCCAGACUAUUCCGCGACUGGCCAAGCAGGCGGAACUACUGCAGGAUCGCGUGGAAUGCGCGAACGAGAAUCUGCGAAGUGACUUUCAAAGAUGGAAUACGGAGAAGCAGCAGGAUCUAAAAACCAUGCUAAUCACAAUGGCGGACCGACAUAUCAGGCACUAUCAACAGUGCAUGAACGCGUGGGAAGAGAGUCUUACCGAUCUCAAAUUGGACGGAAUCGGAUCUGAUGUUAACGUGGGACCGCCUGUUAAAAUACCUGUUUGAACCGCUAGUCUCUUCUUCGCCAUUCGAAAGGAUAUGAAAUAAUUAUUCGUUACAUAUAUAUGAAGAUAACACAUCAGUUAAAAAGAAUCUAUUAAUUAAAUAAUGACACAAAGUUUAUUACAAUCUAAAAAAAUAAUCUAUCUUCGAUCAGCUUCGAUAGCAUUGCUUUUAAAAUUGAAGCGUCGUGUCAAAAUUUCGAAAAAAAAUUGUGCAAUAUUUACCAAUCGUAACGGACGCAUUUAAUGACGACGAAAGUUGCAUUUAAUGUACAAUAUAUGCUAAUAUCAAAAUUCCAUUUGAAAAAUUCGCCUUUAUGAUACAAUAAUCUUGUGAUAAUGUGAAAAAUUAAGUAUAAUGCAUUUGAUCCUACGUAUGUAGGAUAAGUUUCAGUGUAUAUCAUGUACAAGAAAAAAUUUUCCGACGUUCUUUCUUCUUUAGAAGUUUAAAUUAUCAGUUAAUUUUGGGGACCAAAGUAUAUCAAGGCAGUUUAUCGCCAUAUUCCCUUCUCUCUAUCUUUCUCUUACUUUGAAUCACAUUACAAUACAUUUAUUGACAAUCAGUUUAGUCAUCUAUAUAUCUACUAAUUACCAAAGUACAGCAGUUACCAUGAUAGCGUAGAUAGCGUCAAUGUAUAGUAUACAGCACUGGUAAAUUUUACAAAUCGGAGCAAAACUUGCAAGAGCUUCGUUGUAUCAUUAAUUAGUACCUUUAGCCUAUGCCUCUAAGUUAUGAACAAGUCGCACCACGCACUGAAUCGAUUCCGUUUAGCAAAAAAAAGUAGCAAGAGUCCUAUAUGGCUUACACACUCUUUUGUGUAUUAUUUAUGCUCGAAAGGGAAGAUACUCUUUGCAACUGUUAACAAUGCGGAGUACAUUUCUAUAAGUUAUAUACCGCUGCUUGGCAAGUUGGCAAAAAUGGCGGAAUUUGUAUCAAUAAAUUAUUGUUUGCAAUGAAA